CUUUCUUGCUUAUUAUAUUUGAUACAAAUGGAGUCACUUAUUCCGAUGUAUUUGCGACUAUUGGCUGCCGUGGAGCAGAUGUUGAGCUUCCUCAAAUUUUCUGGAAAAAGUUCAGCACUUGAGGGAAUUGUUGGACGUGAUUUUCUGCCGAGAGGUGUUGGAAUUGUUACUCGUCGACCGUUAAUUCUUCAUUUGUCUCAUUCACCAUUAAAAAGUCCAUUGCGCGAACAGAAGAAAGCUCCGGCAAUUGAUGAUUGGGCAGAAUUUGGGCAUGCGCCAGGCGUUAUUUAUACGAAUUUUGAUGAAGUUCGAGAGGAAAUUGAACGCGAGACUGAUCGGUUGACUGGAAGCAAUAAGGGCAUCUCUCCUGUUGCUAUCACUUUGACAAUCUAUUCGCAAAAUGUCGUCAAUCUCAGUCUUGUCGAUUUGCCUGGUAUUACCAAAGUUCCGGUUGGCGAUCAACCGCCCGAUAUUGAGGUUCAAAUCCGUAAAAUGCUUUUUUCUUUUAUCUCGAAUCCAAAUUCGAUAAUUCUCGCUGUCAUGCCGGCUAAUCAAGAUUUUGCAACUAGUGAGUCUCUUAAAAUUGCAAGAGAAGUUGAUAAGGAAGGAAACCGAACACUCGUUUUGUUGACAAAACUUGAUUUGAUGGAUCAAGGCACUGAUGCUAUGGACGUGCUUACAGGGAGAUUGGUACCUGUAAAGCUUGGAAUUAUCGGAAUUGUUAACCGAUCUCAAGCAGACAUUAUUGCAAAUAAAUCAAUCAAGGAUUGUCUUAAAGAUGAAUCGAAAUUUUUGCAAACAAAGUAUCCAACUUUGGCUUCUAUGAAUGGAAUUCCUUAUCUGACAAAAACACUUAAUCGUCUUCUCAUGAGUCACAUCAGGGACUGCCUUCCGCAGUUGAAGCUUCGGAUCAACACUUUAAUUGUGCACUGCCAAACAAUUUUACGUGGUUUUGGGGAGGCCGUCGUUGACAAUAAUCGUACUCUGCUUAAUAUAAUUACUCACUUCUCAACUGCUUAUAAUUCGACUAUUGAUGGGACUGCGAGAAAUAUCGAGACUACAGAGUUGUGUGGUGGUGCUCGUAUUUGUUAUAUUUUUCAUGAGACAUUUACGCGUGCUUUAGAAGAUUUUGAUCCUCUUGCGAAUUUGAACAAAUUGGAUGGUUUACGCCCGUCUUUGUUUAUUCCCGAAGUUAGCUUUGAAUUGUUGGUUAAGAAGCAGAUUGAGAGACUUGAGGAGCCUGCAAUCACUUGUGUUGACUUGGUUUAUGAGGAAAUGCUUCGAAUUGUUCAGCAUUGUGGAAUUGAAGUUCAACAAGAAAUGCAGCGUUUUCCGUUUUUGUAUGAGCGAAUUCAUGAAGUUAUCAACCAUGUUCUUAGCGACCGAAUUCCGCCAACUAAAGAGUUUGUUUCGAAUCUCGUUUCUAUUCAAUUGGCCUACAUUAAUACCAAACAUCCGGAAUUUGCGUCUGAUGCUUCUCUUAUAAAUUCUUUACAAGGAGCAUCUUCUGACGAAUCUAUGGCAAUGAUUACUGAGAAGGUGCCGGCAUCCGAAGCUGACGGAAAAACUGCUUCAGCUUCUUUACCUAAUUUGGAAAAUGGUACAAACGGCCCGUCUUCUGUUUUUGGUGAAUCUGCGUUUUAUACCGACAUUCACAACAAAGUUAAUCUCAAAAAACUUCAUCCAAAUUAUUGGUUCAAUCGCAACUCAAAACAGGCUGAUGAAGACUCGGAUCUUGGAGGAGAAAACGGAACUGCUGACGGUGUUUUGACACGUACUGAUAAGACAGUUAGGCGUCCUUUGUCUGUUAGAGAGAAGCGGGAUAUUGCUGUUAUUGAGCGUUUAAUCAAAGGCUAUUUCAUUAUUGUCCGUAAAUCCAUUCAAGAUUUAGUGCCAAAAGCAAUUAUGAAUUUUCUGGUUAAUAAUGUUAAGGAAAAUCUGCAAAGUGAAUUGGUUCGACGUUUAUAUAAUGCUGAUGACUUAAAUACUCUCCUUUCGGAGAGUGAUGCUAUCGCUCAAAAACGAGCGGAGUCGGCCGAAAUGCUUAAGGCUUUGAACAAAGCGAACAUGGUCAUAAGUGAAAUUCGUGAGACUCAUAUUUGGUAAUUUGUUGGUGUUAUCUGCUUUAAUAAUUGGUAGAUUUUAGCUUUGUUAAUUUAUAACGACAUCCAAUUACUAUAUUUAGGCUCAAUUUUAUGAUCCUCGAUUUUAUUAUUAUUUGAAAAUUUUAUGCUGAUGUUUUUCAUGCAAUUGACACGGGAGUUUUAAAGAAUUUAUUAUAUAUUUUUUGGCAUUCUUUUAAAACUUUAUUGCUUUUUUUAAAUUUUUAAAUAUUUGCUUUUUCAAAUUGUUCUUUUUUGGUUUUAUGCUGUUUGUGACUUCACUUAUUUCUAAAAAAAUUUAAUUUUGUAUUUGCAUUUGAGGUGAAUUUCAAACAGCAUAUUAACCAUCUUUUGAUUUGUUAUAUUAUACUUUUUUGACCGACAAAUUUUUAUAAAUUUUCUUUAUUUAAUGACUUGUAAGUGUGAGGUUUUAACCAAAAUUAGAUUUUUUGUCGAUACUUAUCACAUUUAUACAGAUAUUGCAGUUCUUGUAUUAGUUCUGAUUUUCUUUCACUUCUUCGAAAAUGGGCGUAGCUUGGGUCUUCGAAACAAAUCAAGGAGAACGAGCGAUUGUAAGUUAUUUGAUAACAUUGUUUUUAUAUUUUUAAAAUAUUUUUUGAUAC